AUGACCGGAAGAGGACGAGGGGGGAGGUUCGGGGGUUGGGGUGGGAACUCCCGUGGCAAGAGUGGGGCCAGCGGUCGUGGCGGUGGCGAUGCUGCUGCGCUAGCACGAGUACUCAACACGGCGGACUGCUGUGCGUGUGUAUCGAACGCCCCUCUCCUGGUUGAGCUCAAGAACCUCGAUGAGGAGUGCUUGAGGACCGGCAAGGUGAAGCUCAGGCACGGGCUGAUGCGGGCCAUGAAGUCCCUGAAGCGUUACCCCCUCCCGAUCACCACAGAGAAGGAGGCGUGCGCGCUGGAAGGGGUAGGGAGCUUCACCGCCCGCCGAAUGCUGCGUGGCUUGCCGCCGGCCGGACCGGAACCCGACAACAGCAGUGGUGUCCGUAGGACCGACGAAGAAAAUAUCGAACCCUCCGGCAGCUCGUCUUCCCGGGGAGGAGGAGGAGGAGGAGGAGGAGGAGCUAGAAAAUCCAGCAACAACAGUACCGGAACCUCGUCUGUGACGAAUACUGGUGCUGGUAGCCGUCUUGCCUCCCACACCAACUGCCGCUCGCUGCUCCGCAUGAACCUCCGCGUGGGCAGCAGCGCAACGACAACCACCGGCGGUCGGCCCCUGUCGCUGGUUUCCAAUUUCGCCGCGCUUCGCGGUGGCGGCGGACAGACAACGCCUGACGUUACGCCGAAGCGACUGACCUCGCGCGCGAGGAGGGAGGAGGAGGGUGGCGAGACCUUGCGCUCGUCGAAGGCGCCCAGUUUUUUCAUCGGGCAGUGGGAGGCGUGGCUUAUCGUUGACAACCGCGAGCACGAGUUCAUGUCUGUGCAGUCUUCGCUUCUGCAGAAGGGGAUACGCUGCGAAACCAGACAGCUACCGCUCGGAGACAUGCUCUGGAUAGCUAGAAGGGGGGACGACCCGACGUCGGAGGUGCUGCUGGGUUACAUCGUGGAGCGGAAAACGGCCUCGGAUCUGGCCAGCAGCAUCAUCGAUGGCCGCUACGAAGAGCAGAAGCGGCGCCUCAAGCUGAGCGGCCUCCGGCGGCGCAUCUACCUGGUGGAAGGGAACCUGAACCACCAGGAGCAGCUCGCCCCGGCCGCCCUUAGGACAGCCCUGGUCUCGUCGCAGGCCUGCGGGGGCCUUGCCGUGGUGCAGUGCGACAGCCUGCGCGGCACCGUAGACUUUCUCGCGCGGACUCACCGACAUAUCGCGUCCCUCCUAGAACAAUCCUGCCGACGCGGGGCAGGGCUUUGGCCCGUCGGGGGGUCCCGCGAGUGCUCGGGGGCGGGGGCGAUGCUGAGGCCGGCGAUGACCUACGGGGAGUACGCCCAGGGCUGCGCGAAGCGUGCGGGAUCCACGACCGUGAGGCAGGUGCUGGGAGCCAUGGUGCGGCAGGCUCCCGGGUGCAGCGCGGCGAGGGCGGAGGCUAUCGUCCGAGCCUUCGAUUCGCCGCUGGGGCUGAUGCUGGCCCUCGAGCGCGCGGCUAACGGGGACGGUCUAGCUGACGAUGAUGCCGCCAGGAUGAAGAGGGCGGAUGCCUUGUUAGGCGGUUUGUUGUGCAGCGGAGGGGCCGGCACGAACAAGCUCCCGCAGCCGUUACGACGAUUGCUUUGCCGGUUGUUCCUCGGGGAUAGCAUAGACGGCGAGGGGGCGGGGGCAAGCGCUGGUGGUGUGGGGGCGGCGGGGCCGCCAAGAGCAGCGGAUGGUUGCGGUCGUCGGGGGCACAGCAGGGCCGACUUGUUGGGGGGGGGUCCCUACUGUGUUGAUGGCUGGGAUGUAGAGCCCAUGAAUCAAGAUGACCCGUAUUAG